GGGGCGGGCAGGGGUGGUUGCGCGGCGCGGCGGCGGGUCGGGCGCUGUGAGGGGAGGCAGGAAAAUGGCGCUGACGCAGGGCACGAAGCGCAAAGUCUGCUACUACUACGAUGGGGAUGUUGGGAAUUAUUAUUAUGGCCAAGGACAUCCCAUGAAGCCCCACAGGAUCCGCAUGACCCACAACCUCCUGCUCAACUAUGGGCUCUACAGGAAGAUGGAGAUCUAUCGUCCUCACAAGGCCAAUGCAGAGGAGAUGACCAAGUACCACAGCGAUGAUUACAUCAAAUUCCUGAGGUCCAUCCGCCCUGACAACAUGUCUGAGUACAGCAAGCAGAUGCAAAGAUUUAAUGUUGGGGAGGACUGCCCUGUGUUUGAUGGGCUCUUUGAGUUCUGUCAGCUCUCUGCUGGAGGCUCUGUUGCCAGUGCUGUGAAGCUGAACAAGCAGCAGACAGACAUUGCAGUGAACUGGGCAGGAGGUCUCCACCACGCCAAAAAAUCAGAAGCUUCUGGGUUCUGCUACGUCAACGACAUCGUGCUGGCCAUCCUGGAGCUCCUCAAGUACCACCAGCGAGUGCUGUACAUUGACAUCGACAUCCACCACGGGGACGGGGUGGAGGAGGCUUUUUACACCACAGACAGGGUCAUGACCGUGUCCUUCCACAAAUAUGGAGAAUAUUUCCCAGGAACCGGGGACCUGAGGGACAUCGGGGCAGGCAAAGGCAAGUACUACGCUGUCAAUUACCCGCUGCGCGACGGCAUCGACGACGAGUCCUACGAAGCCAUUUUCAAGCCUGUGAUCUCCAAGGUGAUGGAGACGUUCCAGCCCAGCGCUGUUGUCCUGCAGUGCGGCUCCGAUUCCCUGUCUGGGGACAGGCUGGGCUGCUUCAACCUCACCAUCAAAGGCCAUGCCAAGUGUGUGGAGUUUGUGAAGAGCUUUAACCUGCCCAUGCUGAUGCUGGGAGGAGGGGGGUACACGAUCCGCAACGUGGCUCGCUGCUGGACCUACGAGACUGCUGUGGCUCUGGACACUGAGAUUCCCAAUGAGCUUCCAUACAACGACUACUUUGAGUACUUUGGGCCAGACUUCAAGCUGCACAUCAGCCCCUCCAACAUGACCAACCAGAACACCAACGAGUACCUGGAGAAAAUCAAGCAGAGGCUCUUUGAGAACCUGAGGAUGCUCCCUCAUGCCCCCGGGGUCCAGAUGCAGCCAAUUCCUGAGGAUGCUGUCCAGGAGGACAGUGGGGAUGAGGAGGAGGAUGAUCCUGAAAAACGCAUUUCUGUCCGAAAUUCCAACAAGAGAAUCUCCUGUGACGAGGAAUUCUCCGACUCCGAGGACGAGGGGGAGGGAGGGCGCAAGAACGUGGCCAACUUCAAGAAAGCCAAACGUGUGAAGGCAGAGGAGGAGAAGGAGGAAGAGGAGAAGAAAGAUGAGAAAGAAGAGGAAAAAGCAAAAGAGGAAAAAGCAGCAGCAGCAGCAGCAGAGCCCAAAGGGGUGAAGGAAGAGACAAAAUCCACCUGAGUGGCUGCAGCUGGCUGCUUGUCAUAGGUUUAGCUCCUGGGUUGCCUCCUCCCCACAGGAUUUCUAUUUUAUAUAUGUUUUCUGUAUAUAUUUCUAUAUAAUUGUAUAAAUGACUGGAGAACUGUAAAUUAUUCCUUGCUGCCCUCCCCUGGGAGCAGGCAGGGGAGGAUUCUGAGCAGCCCAGCUUUGCUGCCCAGGGAGUUUCACCCUUUGCCUUCCACUGCCCCUCCUUGGUGUGGCUCUAAAAACACAAAAAUCACUUCCUCCCCUUCCCUCUCUCCUGAAAUAACCUUGGAAAAGAAUAAUUUAAGUAGAAGUAGUGUCUGCAUUUCAGGUGAGCUGGAAAGAUGGCCAUCAAUUCUUAGUUUUCCUCGAUUUUUGGUGGUGUUUUUUAAUGGGAGAAUUCCCAAAUGAAGCCUGGGAGAGACUUUUGUGGUUUCCAGUUGGAUUCCACCAUGACAAAAAAAACACAAAAAACAAAAACCUGCCAGCUGGUGCCACUUCUCAGGGUCAGAAUUGUGCAGUUCUUGGACAGAGUUGGCUCCUCCCUGCAGCAAACUUGGGGAAAGAGAUGAAGCAGCUGAAAAAAAAUCUGAAAAAUCCUUUUUUUCUUCUUUUUUUUUUUUUUUUUAAUGAAACAGCCCCAGAGCCCAGAUCUGAAAAAUACAAAAUUAAAAUCACCCUCAGGGGGUGGUUCAGUUUUCCAAGAUCUGGAUCCAGGGAGUGUGGAUGCACCUCCAGGGAGGGAAGGGAUGGGAUUUUUUACCUGGUUUUUUAUGCCCCUCUCUGGGUGAGGAGAAAAUCCCUCCCCUUUUGGCUUCAUUUUUCUCCUGGAACCCCAGAACUCCCCUCAGAGCCUGGCUGCCAGCUUUUCUUCAUGUGUGUCCUUAAAAAAACCCAAUUUUCCCUGAUUUUCCAGCCAAGUUUUCCAGCAGAAUUCCCCUCCCAGGGCCAGUAAAUCCCAACUUUUUAUCCUGUUGCCUUCAGAGGGAGCAGCAGGUGGGGCUCUGAGCAUUCCCACCCAUCCUCCCCCUCAAAUCCCCUUUGGCACCUUUCACCUCUCCUUUUGUACAGCUUUUUUGGAGAGGAGGGGAAAAAAAAACAAAACAAACAACUUUUGAGGGGGAAAAAUUCGGAUUUUUAAUUUUUUUUUUGGUUUUUUCAGGCAGUUCCCACUCGCUGCUCUCCUUUCUCAGGGGGAUCCCUCUGGAAUUCCAGAGGUUCUGCACCCUCCCACGGGAGCACUGCUGAGGUUCCAGCUCCAGUGAUGCUGCUAAAACUUCACCCAGCUUCUUUUUCAAAGGGUUUAUUUUUUUAAUUCCUUCUUUUUCCCCUCCUCACCGUGGAGUUUUUUAGUCUCUUUGGGGUCUGAGUGAGGUUUUCACUCUGAUUUUCAGUGUUUUUAUGUGAAGCAAGAGAGAGAUCAGUGUAACUUUGUGUCUGGGGGAGGUGGGAGGGAUGGGGAAAAUCUAUUGUGGUUUUUUAAAGAUGCGUUUAUUUUGAAUUUUCAGAACCUUUGUAAUAAAACUGCUCCAUUUCUAUGGUUGGUGUGAGCCUGGUCUGCUUUUUUCUUCAUUCAUUCAUUCAUUUCAGAGCUCUUCUUACAGGUGGAAUUAAGAUUUGGGAAGAAAAAAAUAAGGAAAUAAGGCAUUCAUUCCCUCCUCCUUUGAGGAAUGUUGGUUUAAUUCCACCCACCAAAACAUUUAUUUAUUUAUCCUACACCUCAAACACAGCUUGAAUCUCUUCUGUAAAUUAUUUCCUUGGUAAAUUAUUUGGGUUUUGGGAUUUAUUUAUUUUUUUUUCACAGAACAGCCUUGAGGUUCUCCCUCUGUCUGGAAAAAGGAACCCAAAACAUGAUGGGGAUUUUGGGGGAAAUUUUUUUAAAGUUUUAUUCCCAAAUCCCAGCUGGCUCCUCAUCCCUGCCCUGGCUGGGUUUGUGCGUGGAGUGGAGCAAUUUGGGAAUAACAAAAUGCUGGAAGGGAGGGAUUUCAUUCAGCUUUGGGCUGGAUUUGAGUGAAUCCACCCAGAAUGCAGAGGAUGAAAAUUCCUUUCUUUAAUCACAGCAGCUCCACGAGUGCUGAGCACACCUGAAACGGCCACAAAACCCCAAAUUGAUCUUUUUGGAGUCCAAAAAAAUCAGCUUUUUGUGUGUGCUGGAGCAGCCCAGGGAGCUCCAUCCUCCCUCCCACGUGAAUCCUCCCUUUUUGGGAACAAAACCCUGGAAUUCCAGUGGGAUCUCCAGUGAAUUCCCCUUUUCCAGCAGUCCUGAAAUGGCUGCCAGGCUGCAGCUCGGCCAGGUGCUCCCAAACCCCACAAAAUUGGGUAAAAAACCCAUUUAUUUCACCCCUGGGCUCAAAAAUGAAUCAAUUUGGGAAGCAGAUCCCAGAUUUUGGUUUCCCUGCAUAAAACACGGAAUUUUUUUGGUGUUCCCACCUACCUCGAGGCUUGGGAAGAGCCCGGAUGCUCCCAAAUCCUUCAAAACUGGGUAAAAAAAUCAUUUAUUUC